UCCACAAAUGUACACACAUCAAACACCAAAGUUGAUUAAUAUCUCUAAACUAUAACUCCAUUAGCCUCUCUCAGUCUCAAACAUAUAUACUUUGACUAGCUAGGCAUGGUUGAGCUUCGGUUAAGCAUAAGGGCUCUGCAAUUGCCAACACUAUUGAUUCUGUGUUUCUUCCUCAUUUUGGGGAAUUUUCACAAAGCUGAGGCCAGAAUUAGACAUCACAAAUGGGAGGUAAAGUAUGAGUUUAGGUCCCCUGAUUGCUUUAAGAAGCUGGUUAUUACAAUCAAUGGCAAAACUCCAGGACCCACCAUCCAGGCACAGGAGGGUGAUACCAUUGUAGUUCAAGUUAACAAUAGUUUAGUGACAGAAAACCUUUCCAUCCACUGGCACGGGAUAAGACAGAUUGGAACUCCUUGGUUUGAUGGAACAGAAGGGGUAACUCAGUGUCCCAUAUUGCCUGGAGACACAUUUAUUUAUCAGUUUGUUGUAGACAGGCCUGGUACAUAUCUUUACCACGCACACUAUGGAAUGCAAAGAGAAGCGGGGCUAUAUGGGAUGAUUCGCGUGGCACCCCGUGACCCUGAACCCUUUGCUUAUGACCUUGACCGUAGCAUUAUCCUCAACGAUUGGUACCACAAGAGCACUUAUGAACAAGCUGCUGGAUUGUCUUCAAUUCCCUUUCAAUGGGUGGGAGAACCUCAGUCACUUCUGAUUCAUGGAAAAGGAAGAUUCAACUGCUCUAAAUCCCCAAGCGUAAGCACUGAUGUUUGUGACACAUCAAACCCUCAAUGCUCUCCCUUUGUACAAACUGUGAUCCCGGGAAAAACAUACCGACUCAGAAUUGCUAGCUUGACUGCUUUAUCAGCACUUAGCUUCGAAAUUGAGGGCCAUAACAUGACAGUGGUUGAAGCAGAUGGUCACUAUGUAGAGCCAUUUGAGGUCAAAAACCUCUUCAUAUACUCAGGUGAGACCUACUCGGUUCUAGUGAAAACCGAUCAAGACCCAUCAAGGAACUAUUGGAUCACCUCAAACGUGGUAAGCAGAAACAGAACCACCCCACCCGGGUUGGGCAUGUUCAACUACUACCCCAACCACCCUAAACGUUCUCCUCCAACGGUUCCACCUUCUCCUCCUGCUUGGGACGACGUUGAGCCAAGGCUGGCACAAAGCCUCUCCAUCAAGGCACGCCAAGGGUACAUACUCAAACCCCCGACAACCUCGGACAGAGUCAUAGUACUCCUCAACACGCAGAACAACAUAAGCGAAUACCGGCAUUGGUCUGUGAACAAUGUCUCUUUCACACUCCCUCACACCCCUUACCUCAUUUCCCUCAAAGAGAACAUAACCGGUGCGUUUGACCCCACUCCACCCCCUGAUGGCUAUGACUUUGCAAACUAUGACAUUUUCAGUGUGGCUAGUAACGCGAAUGCAACUUCUAGCAGUGGCAUUUAUAGGCUCAAGUUCAACACAACGGUGGAUAUUAUACUUCAAAACGCCAACACUAUGAACAAAAACAAUAGCGAGACACACCCGUGGCACCUUCAUGGGCACGAUUUUUGGGUUCUUGGGUAUGGGAAGGGAAAGUUUGACGUGAACAAUGACACCAAAAAGUAUAAUUUGGAGAACCCCAUUAUGAAGAACACGGUUCCGGUGCACCCCUUUGGUUGGACCGCAUUGAGGUUUAGGACGGAUAAUCCUGGAGUGUGGGCUUUUCAUUGCCAUAUAGAGUCUCACUUCUAUAUGGGGAUGGGAGUGGUUUUUGAAGAAGGGAUAGAGAGGGUUGGGAAGUUGCCUUCAUCUAUCAUGGGUUGUGGUCAAACAAGAGGUUUUCAUAGGCCAUAAUUAAACAUUCUUUAUUCUUUUUUCUUUCUUUCUUUCUUUCAAUUUCUUCGCAAAUUGGUUUGUACUCAGUUUAAUUCAAUUCUUUUUGCAAUGUGUCCAAAAGAACUAUCGUGACAUGUAUUUUUUUAACGAAAAAUGUGCAAGUAUUAUACAAAUUGUGCUUUCAUUAGGUUGUAAAUUGUAAUUGUGUCAGUAAUUCCUUGAUUAUAGCAGUUGAGAAAUUAUUAGA